ACAUUGACGUGCGAUGUUGGAAUUCCUGAUCGUGCAGACAACAUUGAGGAAGGAGUUGUUGACUGCCUCCACCCAUGCAGAUACCUUCUCGUGUGCAUGUAUAAAAGUGAUAACUUUACUGGAGCGCACGAAACCUGACAUAUUUAUCAUCUAGGAGUGAUCCUUCAAGUGUUAGAAAAUUCAUAUAAUUGCAUCCACGCGGAAAGAUGAUUGUUGCUGAGAUACUGUCUAUCCUAUCUGUUGCCUUGUGUGUUCAAGCUCUAGUGAACCCAACGAUAUUACAAGAUUCAAGAGACCUUCCAAAACUGGAUGGUACUUUCGGUUUCCUGUAUCGCACCGAGGACGGAAUCGCUCAUGCGGCCAAAGCUGAUCCCGGAGGCAUCGUUCACGGACGAUUCACUUACACGGACCCCACGGGUCUGAAGGUUAAUUACAAUUACAAUGCUGGAUCGUCCGUAACUCCAAAGUACAACUACAACGCUCCGAUUCAGCAACAGCAGCAGCAACAACAACAACCGCAACAAUAUCAGCAAAAUCAAGACUACGAUCAAGAUCAAGAUUACCAACAACCGGAACAACCGAUCUAUCAACAACCACAGCAGCAACGGGCUCCGGUAUAUCAGAGACCGCAGCAACAGCAAGCGCCGAAUUACGAGGAAAGAAGAACGAAACCGCCAGGCCUGAGGAGCAACAACAAUAAUUACGAUAACAAUGUUAAUAAUUAUAAUGUUUAAAUUUAUUAAACUAAAAAGUAUGUAAUGACACUCCCCUGAUUUUAAGUCCCCUUUUUUGUGUCUGUGUAUUCGUGCGUUCAACUUUUAAACCUCAAAAAUUUGACAUAAUUAUCCGCUCCGCUCGUAUCAUUAUAUGCAUUAUAUGAAUUUCCGACUAUAGGGACAUGGAUUAAGAUGGCUGCGAUUGCAACGAGU